CCCAUCCUCCGACGUAAACAAAAUUAACAAAAAUCAAAACAGAAAAAGCUUGAGAAAAAGUAAAGUGCCGCUAUCAACACAAAUCUAAAAAAAAAACACCGCUGAUCUUGCGAAGAAAAUAUAUUCCUUGAAAGGUGCGAUGGAGACGAAAAUCACCAGCAAAACGAGCAGUCUGCAGGCUCUUUUGCUACGAGCCUGGCGAGAAAGGUGGAAUGACCUGCAGUGGGGUAUCCAGAUCAAAACAGUUCUCCCUCGAGGGGUGAGUGGAGACGUUCACAAUUUGGCCGACUGUAUUUUGCAACAGGCUCUUGUAGGCCCAGGACCGAACCAACUCGUCCUUUCAUAUUUGAAGCACUCCCUUAGCUCACAGCUUGUAUCAUAUGCGGCUGUUAUACAAAGAAUCAGUAAAUAUGACGGAGUCAACAAACCUCACUGUGUGAUCAGUCUUUUGGAACUGGUUGAUGCAAUCCUGGGUCGAAUGACUUGCCGAAGCAAAGCCGAAGAAGGAGCUUUGGCCAAGGCAGUUCUUUCUCUAGUAAACUGGCUUACAAAUGUAGCAUUACAUGCUUAUAAAAAGUUGGUCGAGCUUGGCACAAGCCAGGAACAUACAGAGAUGUUGGUCAGAUCAACUGCACUUUUCUCUAAAGUUCUCGAAUGCGAAUUUGCGAAGGCCAUGUUUUGCCUGGCUCGACUUGAUGACAAAGAUUUGCAUGGAGAAUUUGUUGCAAAAUGUCUAGAAUUGGAAAAUGCUCUGACGCAAGCAGCAACAGGAAGCAUCAAUUUGGGAAAUAAUGUCGAAGAGACUUUAAAAACAUUGAAGCAGCUGAGGGUUUUGGAGAUAAGCACAUUUUCUGUUGAUACAAACAACCCCAUUGAGCCAGUUACAUACUGUCUGCAGCCUCUGCUCGCAGUUGAGGUUCUUCUCAAUCCCAGCGCUGACACCCAGUUUUUCGUCAAUCAACUUCUUCUAAUUCAACGGCUCAAAGGAUACAACUUUCCUCGAAUCUGUUCUGAAUUAAUGAGAGCCUGUUUGUUGUGUUUGCGAGACGCUCUUGGUGGAAAUGACGAGUCUCAGUGGGGCGCAUUCACAUUUUUGAAACUGCCCCAAAUUCUCUUGAAACUGAACGCAACAGUGAAAGGGAAUACAGCGGGAGAGGAUUUUUCCCAAGAUAUUAUUGAGGCAAUAGAGUUGCUGUUUCAGUUUACUCCUCUUUUGGAUACCUUAGAUGUCAAGAGUAACUGCAACGUAGUUGAAUGUCUUGUCUCAGAAUUGCACAGGGUUGGUCUAAUGACUGAAAAGCAAGCACAAGUUUUCUCUGCAAAAAGGGAAGGAGCCGUGUCGGCGGUCAUCAAAAUCGAUCCGAACAGCCAUCAGGCUGCUGGUACAAUACCAAAAGUGAUUGUACGAGCUGAACCCACCCUGGCCAGAAUUCUCAAGACUCUGGACUCUGAUUAUUUGAAAAUUCAGGAUGCUCUUCUUGGAGUGCUCUCUCAAGUGCUGACUGGAAAGAGUUUUGAAUUGAUAUUGGCCGUUGCCACAGUGCAAGACAAGCUACGGACCUUUGUCUCCAAGCUGAUCAAUUUUAACGAACUGAGUAGAGUUCCUGCAGCUGAUGAGGCAACCUCAGGAAAGGGAUCUCUAACCAGAGCUAUGCUCUUUGACGUCUCAUUCCUCAUGCUUUGCUCAAUUGUUCAGUCUUAUGGAUCUGAGGUUGUCUUAAAUGAAGACGGCACAUCUGGAAAUUCCUUUUUUGAGAAAUGGGUGAGCGAGUGCAUGGCAGAGAAAGGCCAUCCAAAGUCACCUGAUCAAAUGCUUAACAACUGCGACCCCUCUAAAUUGGAAUCAAUCCUCUCACAGUUCACCACACCUGAUGCCGAAUUUAAGACAAACCAAGUUAAAUGGCACGAGGUCUGCUUGCUCGUCCCCGCAGCCACCAAAGAACUUCUUUUUGCAUGGGAGCAGGGCGCUCUGUCUCCGACAGACGUAAAGUCUGCGCUGGACAGCAUGAGAUCUCGCAUGGGCUGUUUGCCAGUUUGUGCUGCAUCCUGGCUUUGUAGCUACAUGCAAAUUUUGGACCAGGAUGCUCUGCUUAAGCCGAUGAACAUGGUACAGCAGUUCUUAUCUCCGACUGACGACAUGCCCCAGCAGGACAAUUACAAAGAGAGGUCAAAUCUGAUGUUCCAAAUUAUCAGAAAAAUGCAAUAUGAUCUACACCCACCAUCUGCCAGCAAAGCCAAGUUGUCGCACAACAUUGUGUCCUCACUGCCUAUAAGCGAGCAGUUGGUUAGCGUCUGGACCAAUACCCACAAGAAAGGUUGGAUAAAUGUAGAAGCAACCACAACUUUGGAGUCACUUCUGCAUACUGGAGGGUCUCUUUGGUUCGUCACAAACAUUAUAAAGGAAGUCCUCAAGUACAGAUACAGUGAUGAAUUGAGCAGGGCCAUUGACUUGGCCUUUGGCAUUUUUCAUCUAGAUAUUGAGCUCUGCACACUUGCUUUGGUUCAGCAUCUUGUGCCAGCAUAUUUGCACAAUAAAAACCAGGGUUCUGAUCUUGUUGAACCACAAGCAUCAGCGAUAGCCCAGUUGUGUGCUUACUGCAUCUUUGCUGCCCUCGAGUUUGGCAGCAAUACGGUUCCCGGACAACCCAGCACACGGAAAAGGGCUCGAAUGUAUAGCGACGCAGAGGAUUUGGAAAGCAUGGUGCCUGCAGCCAAAAUGCUGCGACUGGGCUCCACUGAUUCUCAAAGUGAAGCAAGUGCUAGUUUGAUGUUCGUUGCCAAUAGUGCAAAUCAGGCCGCUUGCAGUGAAGACACAAGCAACUCAUCCAGUUUGCCUGCCAUCAGAGAGCCUCUGAAAACUGCCCUGCUGAAACUUUUUGAGACGUUCUCCGCUAUCGCCCUUGAUGGCAAAAUAACCCAGCACAAGCAUUUCCUAUUCCACUUUUUGGAGUUCUGUGUUUUGUGUGGCAAGGACAAAGCACGCAUUGUUUUCCAAGUGAUGCCUAGCACACUAGUGCCACACCUCUUGAGCUCCCUUCCCGAUCUGUUCAGCUCUCAACUGUUACUUCAACUUUACGAUACCAGCACUUCCGCCGGACGCCGCGAAACAGCAAGAGACCUGUGCAUGCUACGGAACAUGGCUCUUCAACCACCACCCUUAACUUAUGCAAUUGAGCUAUCAUCGAAAUCUGGUCAUCAGUUUUGAGGAGUGGACAAAAUAAGUUUGAAUUGUAUCUUUAUUAAAUUAAUUUACAAGAAUAAGCAAAAACAAAUACUUUUAAACUAAAGAGUGAGAA